AGUGUAAGUUAGUAUUGAGCUUCGCUUUUUCGUCCUCAGCGUUAAAACAAAUAGGUGGAGACGGAUUAAUGAGAGUAGACGUUUUUAAGUUUGAAAAAUACUUGAACUUUGAGGUUUUUUUACAGAUUAUGUUCAAAGUUUGAUUAUCAUUAACCCAAUUCCCGGUUUAUGUUUGUCGUGAAGGUUUCAGAGUCAGAAUAACCGUAAAUUUUGGAUCGGAUGACACAAAGGGAACUCUGAAACGUACAUAUCGAGACUUCUAGCACUCCCUAUUUUGUUAAGCAAACAACUAGAGUCAACAAAGAUACGAUAAUUGGCUUCUAUAUCAAAUAGACAUAUGUUAUAUUUCUGGCGUAUGCGUGACUUGAACGCCUGCUGAUUUGAUUGAGCGAUAUUUCGACGGAGUCUGUACUUCACCGCAGACAACGUUCAGGGUAUGCCGUAAAUCUAGGACUUUUCGAAGAUCGUUUUAGAAAUUUCAUUCGUUGAUUUUUGUUUAGUACCGUCUCAUUUAUGAGGUGAGGCGUUGUCUCAACGAAAGAACAGGGUACCUCUCUAACAAUCAUAGCAAGAAUAAAAGCAUCUUGACCAAAACGUACACUUGACAAGCAAAUCAAUAAAAUGUUGAACCGGGGAGACGGCGAGCUGCAAAUGAUGUCAAUCGUAGGAGAUCCGCCAUCCGUAACGUUUGAUUGACUAAAAAAUAAGCUUAAAAAAUGUAUAAAGCCUUACGCCUCUUUUUGGAGAUCCCGUUCCAGGCGAAUGUUUUGUUUUUGCCAUUUUGUGCCUACGGUAAGCUCAAUUGGAGCUGAAUGUUGAGGGGCGCAAAUUUUUGCGUAAGCCACGAUGUUUACUAUUUUUCCAACGUUACUUCUGCGUUCAGCCAGCCGGUACCCAUCCAACACAAUGCGCGGCGCUUGAUGGCUCAGAAAAGUUCGCUCAGUAGUCGGUUUAGACUCCUCUAUCGAAAAAUAUCCGUAGUAUAGAAGAUCGCAACGGAGAGAAAGGGACUUUAGCAACUGCACAAGUUAUGCGGCAGAUCACCAAAAAUGCCUGAUAAAAGUGGGCUGUUUUCCUGGCCGGCUGACGAAGCUGAUCGUUGCGGCGGUUUUCGACAGCUGUGCAGUUAUGCCGUCAGCAUUGACGCUACCGACGGUGGUCAUGUCGGCACGAAGCGAAAGCGCGUGUUCCAGCACCCGCUACUGGACCAGAACCGCCAAAGGAUCUCACGGCAAAGGGCAAGCGUAGAUCGGAGAGGAGAAUUCCGCCAACGAACGCACAGUUCGAAAAUAGCUAGCUAGCCAAUAACACAAACCCACUCGGGGUGCAACAGUUACUGAUGCUGGAAGCCGCGGCUGCCAUUUCGCUUACUUCCGCAGCUGCGCACUUUAUAGACGAGCAAAUUCUGUCUGGUGCUGGAUAGAGAGCGACGCAUGGAUCUUGCCGUGGCUGUAUAUUUGGCUGGGCCGCGACUCGAAGGGUCCGUUGCUGUGUGCUCUUAGUUAAGUGUGGGGUGUUGGGCUCGAGCGGUUCUUGUUUCAGGUGUCGUGGGGUAGCGAAAUUCGCACACAGUUUUCCUCAAAGCGGCAGCAAAAGCAUCUUUUAGCGGCAAUCAAGUGCAACCUAACGGACUCUCUGUUGGGGACAAGUGACGAAGAACGUGAACAAGACUCGCAAUCAAGUGUCUUUUGCGUCCAGAUCUGUGGCACACACUUCGUUCAAUCGACGCUGUUUCGUUUUUAGAUACAACUGUUUAGUGGUUACAUGGCAGACAUUGAGAUGGAGCAACCGGAUUUUUUGACACGGUUUUUCCACCUGCCGCAGGAUCCUCGGACAAAAGACUGGAUUAUGGUGAAAUAUCCGUCGAUCAUCGUCUGGCUCACUCUGGGCUAUUUGUAUUUCGUCAAGGUAUGGGGUCCUGCGUACAUGAAGAGUCGUCCUCCAUACGACCUUAAAAUAGCCAUUCGAAUUUACAACGGACUAAACGUUGUACUCAGCACAGGUUUCCUUGCCACCGUCCUACGCCUCACAUACCUAGGUGGAGGAUAUAAUUUUUUCUGUCAAGGCAUGACAUUCUCGACAGACGAGAAGUCCCUGACACUGCUUCAAGUCUAUUGGUGGUUACGACUGCUGCGUAUUGCUGACUACCUCGAUACAGUAUUUUUUGUUCUUCGGAAAAAGUUCAAUCAGGUAUCGACCCUGCAUGUGGUGCACCAUUGCCUUGUCGUGUUCGAUUGCUGGUUUUGGCAGAGAAUUGGCACUGAUGGCCAUACCUCGUUCAUCAUCUGUCUUAAUACAUUUGUACAUGUGAUCAUGUACACAUACUAUUUCCUAUCUGCUUUCGGGCCAGACAUGCAAAAAUAUCUCUGGUGGAAACGCUAUCUGACCCAGCUCCAGAUCGUUCAAUUCAUUAUUGCCAUGCUGCACGGUAGCAUUCCGCUGUUCGUCGACUGUGGCUAUCCGAGGUUAUACGUGUAUUUGGCUAUGCCACAAGGAGUUCUGUUUUUAUAUUUGUUUGUCCAGUUUUACGUGAAUGCCUACAAGGAACGCCGGCGGCAGGAAGCUUAUGGAAUGAAGGCCAAGACGGCCAACGGAUAUUCCACUGUCUGUUCGCCUCAAGUCGGAGGCGUUAAAACUGACUAAUUACAUAAUGUGCGCAGAGGGGAACAAAGAGAAAAAGCAAUUCCAAUGCUGAAUCGGUUUCCACGUCCAUGUCCAAAAUGUAAUAAUCUAAUGAAGCUCAAUCGUAGACAUUUCGCUGGGAAACAAUAGGCCCUGGAACGACUGAACCGUUCAAUUAAAAUGUAUUUAAACAGGGUCUGAUACAAACAACCUCUGCGGAAGUCGUACGGAUGCCGACCAAGUUAUAGAGCUAACUUAUAACUCUAAUGGAUGCUCGUCAGCCGGCUAAUGUACUUGACUAAAUGACUAAAUGUAAGAUAAUUGGACUUGCUAGGCUCAAGAAAUAUUAUUUACUCACAAAAAGAAAGCUGAAUUGUGCUCAUGGGGAAUAAAAGCAGAGGUGCUAUAGUCGAAUAUAUUUGAGAUUUAUGCAUCUACCGUUGUUUGACUGAUUCCGAAAUGCCUUAACACUAGCUUGCAUUAAAUUAUAAAUGUUGCUAUUCUAUUGAAGUCUAUUAAAGUGCUUAUGUGCAGCAAAAAUAAGUUGCGCAGCCUGAGCGAGUACGUAUUCUGAGUGGAAAUGGUCUUCGUAGCAGCAAUUUAAACUAAUAACGAAUAUCUAAGAGCUCCGAAAAACAAUUCUAUAGAUACAUUUCUUCUCGUUUCUACGUACAGGUGACGAGAGGAUAAAUAUUUAUCGUUAGUAUUUGUGCAAGUCUAAGGUGAAGCUGUAGAUAGAUAUCUGUAUAUAACAGCAGCCUACUAGGAAUUCGACAAGUUAAAUGAACAAGCCAAGAAGUUGUAACAGUAUUAUAAUGUAACAAAAAGAACAAAUAAAUGCUCAAGUCUCCUGAUCUAGAGGACUUUUGUAAUGUUUUAUUAGUAAAAGUUAAUGUCUAACUUCUAACUGUACAUUUUUCACAAGAAGUGUGUGCUAUAUUUUUUUCUAGGGUUUGCUGUAGGUAGAUAUCGAAACAUGUCGAACCAAGUAAUGAUAUUUUCUUCGCCUUUAUUUGGUAAGCGCUUAAUACAACCUAGGAAUCGUAAGCCAAAUUCAGUUGUAAUAAAAUUUGUCUUAAAAUUAAAAACUCAGAAAGUAAAGUUGAAAAUUGUCCGCGUUGUGGGUGACUUGUAAAAUAAUCUAGAAAAUAAAGAAUAUACAAAUAAAUAAAGUAAAAACAAAUUUCAUUCAAAUAGUGUUAUAAAUAUUAAAAACAGUGGAUUUAAUUAUCAGACAAUAGAAAUCGUGCUUCGCAUUGUAGGGGUAACGGUCCACCACGCAUGAUCUCUCACUACAAAAACCAAUAGUUUAUCAAACACUGUUAAAAACAAAAACAGACCAGUAAAAAUGGCAUGUACCCGUACGGCGUAGCAACAUUGUUAUCCUGAGCUGAUAUAAUUUGACCUUUUAAAGCAAAAUGUAUGUUUUCUACGUUAACUCCUAUACUUGGAGUAUCUAGAGAACCAUCAUACGACUCAGCAACUAUAAUUUAGGUGCGUACUUCUAUAACAAAGGACGUGCAGUGCUGGUUUGGCGGGCGUUCUCAUGCAUAUGUGGGCGAUAAAACGUUUUUUAGCAUAACUGAAGUACGCGUACUUAAUGUUACUACAGGUUAAGAAACCGGUCUACUUUGUUUUGCGGCCUAAUCCAUAAAUCAAGUUACCUGGAAGUUUAAAUUUGCGUCCCUCAUGCAGUCGCAGACGCAGGAUUUCUGCGGAAGGCUAGCGAAUCCAUCGUUCAGCUAAUACGAUGAACCCAAGAAUUUUAUAGCAAGCAUACAAGUGUAUAGAAAUUUUAGGAAAAUCAGCCAAAGCUAUGCUGAACGUCUUGUUGGAGAUUUCUAGCACACAUAUAUAAGCAGCUAUGCUUAGCUACAAGCACUCAUGUUUUUAGUCAACUGUUUUCAGACUUACUUUUCUUUCCUUUCCUUUAUUUAAUAUCUCGUUGACUUGUUAUAGUUAAGAGAUUUUUAUUUUUUUCUAUAUUUCGUUCGUCGUUUGGCGGAUACAUGGAUACGAUAACUUGCUCUGUGCUCAACAAACCGAAUUAUCGUUUUACUUCUCACAUAUUUUCUGUUAGUAAUGGAUUCUGCUUCCGAGAGUUCAAAGUUCGAUUGUUCGAUUCCCAACCUUACAGUUUAAGAAUAUACGAAACUCGUUCGAUAAUUUGAACUUCCGAAAGGAAAACACAUAGUUUUAGCACCAGAUGACUCAACGUUUAUUUUGGCAGUUAUUCGAAUCCUUUGCGUAAUAUUUUGUCUGUACGUAUAAUAUCUAUUAUAAACAUGCUAUCUGAACUUAUGCGUGAAUCAUCACUUUAAAUAAUGUGGAUAAUAUAUACAGGUGAGCUUUUCUCUGCGUACAGACAAACAUUCAUUUAACUUAGUUGUUUAUAUAUUGUAUUCUGUUGUACGAUGAGAUUUAAUUAUACAUAAUUGCAUAUGUCUAUACUAAUGUCUUUCGUGUGCGGUCACAUAUCGAUGUAUAUAAUAUAUUGACGAGAAGAACUGACCUUGACAAGAGAUUGCCUAGAGACAUCUUAUUCGAGUGAAUGCCAACUCCCUGUAGAAAGGGGAAUAAAUUCGUUGCAAAAAGCAUAUUCAAUCUAAACUGUAUAACACCAUUCAGUCUAACCUUACUGACGAUACUCUAUUAUUCAGCCCCUACCUUGUCUACUUCCCCCAGCCUUCGACUCUUGACAAGCGUUACAUUGUCUGAACGGAAUUAACAAACCAAAUUAUAUUUGUCAAAUGCGUCAUAGUCCCUUAGAGACACCUACAAUUUCCUAUCGAGCUUGAUAAAGCGUUUAAUUUGAGUGAAUGGAAUCGGCACAUCAAAUCGUCCUCUUCUUCUUGCGUUGUGCCCUCUUUCAAUGCUCAUACAUUCGAUGUGGCUUAGUUUCCUUCAAUUGAUAUAUUAACUAAGUACAUGGACAUAUCGUUUUCUAUUCGCCAGUGUAUAAUAAUAGCCAGUGUUAACAGGGUUUUAUCUAUGUAACCGACGCCAAAGGCUAACAGUGCGCUAAUAUCGUCUAGCGACUCUUUUCAGCUCAGUUCAGUCUUUGUUUCAUGGCAUUGCGUCCAUUCUUAUCUUAUUCGUAGUAGAUACACGUUGAUUUACACAUUCGUUCUUAAAACCUCGUUUCUAUACACAUGCAAAAUCUACACUGGUAACAUUGCAACAUCUUUUCACUAUGUUCAUGCACCAUUUCAUCGCACUCAUAAAUACAUGGUUGAGCCAUGAGGCAAUAGAACAGUUUAAUGCCAAUCUAAAGUCGUUAAAUGUUCACAAGUAACGUAUGCUUAUAAACAGUUCAUUCUGUAUCUAUGUAAAUAUUCAGCUGUACAUUUAUCUCUCUCGCCUUCACUCACGUCCAGCCAGUUCAGCGGCCGAUGCUGGUGACACCUCAUUCAUCCAUCCAUUCAUUCAUUCAUUCGUAUUGGCUCCACAAAGUGCUCUCGAAUUUUCGGCCGAUCUCAAGGUGUCAUUGUUUACAUGUGGCACGAUCGAAUGCAAGAUCAUCUUCGUGGUGUGAGCUGCAGCCGUUUCUGGAGUACGAUUAAAUCGAGGGAGGAGCUUUUAAAGGUCAAUUGGUGUCCACUUUUCGUUGCGGCCCAUUUUUCUGACUGGUCAUCUUGAACGUAUUUCGGAAGAACAUGUAGAACACGGAGCUGGACUAGCGAUAUUUCUCGCUACUAUUGAGUGAAAUUAAGCGAAUCUUCUAACAUAUCACUACAUUAUGGAACGAAUUCAACUGGGGCCCACGUAUCUUUCUACCUAAUCAUUUUUCUCCAAGGCGAUUCGAAUUACAACUACGGAAAAAACGCUUGAGUAGGGAGAACUGGCACUAAACUAUGAAUAAUAUGAGAAUUGUCUUGCACUUGACGGCUGCCAAAUAUGCUCUAGAAAUAGAAAAAGCUCGCACUAUAGCUCUAUUGCUGCCAGUAUAUUUACUAUGGAAGUUUAGAAAACGAUAUCUGCGUCCAAUGUCACCGCUGUUUCGAGUCCGUAGGCUUUUUGUUCAUAGUCGGACUCAAUCAAAUUUAAUGCUAGGUAGGUUCAGCCAGUCGUCUGGAUUUGUCGUUAUACACAAGAAUGCAUUUAGCGGCACAUCAUAUGUUAUAGAGUUCCUUAUUAAUAUCAGCAGAGGGGAAUUCAAUUUGACGUUGCCAGAUCUCUUGGCAUGAGCGUUGCCAAAUGAAAAACCACUCAUAUUAAUUAGCAAAGACUAGUUGACGUUAGUAGUAAGGGCA